CCAUCUUCCUCGAGCCCAAAAGAGUCGCGGUGGGCACCAGAGAAUGGUAUGAUGGUCAUCAAAGUCUACAUCCCCUCUACAAAUGACCUCUGGGCUGCGUACGUCCCCACCAGUGUCACCCUCUCUGCGUUUACGUGCAAAUGGUUGUCCAAGCUGAGCCUUCACCUUCGGUUCAGCGGGAGUGCGAUGGACACGCCGGAGUACUACUUCGAUAGUGAUGAGGUAUUUCAGUGCUGGGUCAAACGCCGGGUUCGGCAUGGUCGCAACCUUCCCAUCGUUGGUCAC